AAAGAUAACGUGUCUCGCUCACGGAAGUCAGUCGAUUGGGAAGCGGUUACGGAUCGUAGCUGCGAGGAACGUCCGUGAAACCUCUGACUUCAAAACCGCAAGAGAUCGAAUUGUACCGCAAAACCGUGAAAGAAUUGACGAAUCGACAUGCUGCGCCUAAUCUUGGUAGCAGCAGUUGUAACUCUGGUGACAGCCAAGCCAUCAACGGAAAAUGCAGUGAAGCUUAAUACAAAUCAACAAGCUACGGACAAUCUAAAAAACGCUCAAGAAUUCCUGAAACGUGUCGACGCACUUAAUGCAGAAUGGAGUAACAAACAAAGCAUCACUGGAUGGGAUUAUGCAUCAAAUUUGACAGAUGAAAAUCUGAAAGAAAAGCUAAAAGUGUCUGCGGAGGCAGCACGUGUUUCCAAACAGAUUGCUGAAGAAGUGAAUGCUUUCCCUUGGAGAGACUUGGAAGAUGAGUCUCUUAAGAGGCAGUUCAAGAAGCUCGGUGUACUUGGUGCCGCCGCUCUCCCUGAAGACAGCUUCGAGGAGUUCGAGACAACCAUCAGUAAGAUGGAGAAUAUUUACAGCACCGCAAAGAUCUGCGAUUAUAAGAACAAGAAUAAGUGCGAUCUCGCGCUCGAGCCAGAGAUCACCGAGGCAUUGAUGAGCAGUCGUGAUCCUGAGGAGUUAAAACACUUCUGGGUGGAAUGGAGGAAAGCGUCGGGCGAGAAAGUAAAGUCUCUGUAUCCUAAGUAUGUUGAGCUAGCCAACACCGCGGCGAGACUGAAUAACUUCUCCGACUACGCAGCGUAUUGGAUGAAGGACUAUGAAGCUGACGAUUUUCCCGAGCAACUCGAGACUCAAUGGCAACAAUUGAAGCCACUAUACUUACAACUGCAUGCCUACGUACGGCGCGAGCUCAGGAAGAAAUACGGCGAAGAUGUCGUCUCCAAAGACGGCCCGAUCCCAGCGCAUUUAUUGGGCAAUCCUUGGGCACAGACUUGGGCAAAUAUCGCAGACUUCACCGUACCGUUCCCGGGCAAAGAACUGCCGGAUGUCACUGCCGCUCUAGUCAAACAAGGUUACAAUGCGACGAGCAUGUUCCGUCUUGCCGAGAACUUUUUCACUUCGAUCAACUUGACUGCCAUGCCGGACUUUUUCUGGGAGAGAUCAAUUUUGACGAAGCAGGACGGCGUAGACAUGAUUUGCCACGCGAGUGCGUGGGACUUCUACGACGGCAAGGAUUUCAGGAUCAAGCAGUGCACGCGCAUUAACAUGGAGGAUCUGUUAACGGCGCAUCACGAAAUGGGUCACAUCGAGUAUUAUCUGCAAUACAAGGACCAGCCUGCAGUUUUCAAGGAAGGCGCAAAUCCAGGUUUUCAUGAAGCGGUCGGUGAUGUUAUCUCGCUCAGUGCAUCCACUCCUAGUCAUCUUAAGAAGAUUGGUCUACUGAAAGAUGACUCAACUGACCGGGAGGCACUCCUCAAUCACCUCUACGUAAAAAGUCUUGAGAAGAUCGUAUUUCUGCCGUUCGCUUAUAUGAUGGACCGAUGGCGUUGGAAUGUAUUCCAGGGAAAAGUCACGCCCGACAAUUACAACUGUAACUGGUGGUCACUCGCCGAGGAGUAUCAGGGUAUCGAACCUCCCGUGGAUAGGACGGAAGAGGAUUUUGAUCCUGGCGCGAAAUAUCACAUAAUUGCAGACGUUGAAUACAUAAGAUACUAUGUGAGCUUCGUGAUACAAUUCCAGUUCCACAAGGCAUUGUGUAUCAAGGCGAAAGAAUACGAUCCGAAUAAUCCAGAUACCAAACUACUGAGUCAAUGUGAUAUUUAUGAUAAUAAGGAUGCUGGAAAUCUGCUAAAAUCUAUGUUGGAGUUGGGUUCUUCAAAACCAUGGCCAGACGCAAUGGAGAAGAUCUCAGGUCAGAGACAAAUGGAUGCGACUGGACUUUUGGAAUACUUUAAGCCUCUGACUGAUUGGUUAAUCGAAGAAAACAAGAAAACUAAUGAAUAUAUUGGAUGGAAACCCUCUGACAAACAAUGUGUACAAACGAGAGGAGAACUUGUCAGCUAGAGUUAUUGGCGAGCAUUUGGAAUAAAAUUCCUCAUUAAUAAGUAACAAUAGAAAAUAUAUUUUGAGACAAAAGCCAAGUAUUGCGUUUUAUGAUGCAAUAAAUAUAAUAUACAAAAUCAUGCUACGAUCAAAUCAACGCUACUCCAAUCAAUUCGAAAAAGUGAACGUGAUGGAUUAAUUUUAUUGCGAGUUUUUUUAAAUAAAAUAUGCAUUCCUUAUUUUAAUGUAA